AACUGACAAGUGGACAAAGUUUUUAGGGCCCUGUCCACUACUUGUCUAGUAAAUAGCAGAAACAAGGUCAGCGAUCAUCGUCAUUACCUUAUGGAGUUCUGUCGGGCGUGGGCCAGUGGCGGCUCUUUGUACCGGGAAGUCCAGUAGAACCAGUCCAAACAGGCACAAAGAUGUUUCCACGAGCCAGGGAACAACCUGGGCGCACAGGAAGAUCCAGGACCUGGGCGUGCACCGCCCCAAGCUCCAGCGGCUUCCCACACCUGCCGGGCCUCCGGAGAACCUGCUUGAGUCUGUACCAGCCCUGGGCGGUCGGUGGAGUAGCUGCCUCGCCUCACGAUCUCGGCCAUCGAAGAGCGGCGUGAUUCGGGAUGACUUUAAGCAAGUAUCUGUGGCUCCUCAAGGCAUCAGCCUUCAUCUUGGUACUCAGCAUUGUCCUAGUUGUAUUCAGAAGUGUGUCCCUUCCAGUAGCAUUCAGCAGCUUCAAGCCAGAGCAUGCACACCUGCCGCUGAAACUUCUUCCUGAGGAGCGCCUCCGGAAACUGUUUUCCUAUAAUGGAAUCUGGUUGUUUCCUAAAAAGGAGUGCAAAUGUGAAACCACCCGAGGGCAAGGAGGUUAUAACUUUCAGAAUUCCUAUAAUCAAAGCGAACUCCCAGCGGUGAAGGCAAGGAGACAAGCUGAAUUUGAACACUUUCAGAGGAGAGAAGGGCUGCCACGCCCACCACCCCUGCUGGCCCAGCCCAACAUCCCCUUUGGGUACCCAGUGCAUGGAGUAGAGGUGAUGCCCCUGCACACAAUUCUCAUCCCAGGUCUCCAGUUUGAAGGUCCAGAUGCCCCAGUCUAUGAGGUCACCCUGACAGCUUCUCUGGGGACAUUCAACACUCUCGCUGAUGUCCCAGGUGAUAUUGUGCAGGGCAGAGGCCAGAAGCAGCUGAUCAUUUCAACCAGUAGCCGGGAGCUUUUGAAGUUCAUUCUCCAGCAUGUGACAUAUACCAGCACAGGGUACCAGCACCACAAAGUGGACACGGUGAUUCUGACAUCCAAAUCCUCAGUGGCCAAGUUCCCAGUGACCAUCCGCCAUCCGGUCAUACCCAAGUUGUAUGACCCUGGACCAGGUAAGGCCCUUGACCUUGGAGCUCCAUUGUGGUAUUGUAGAUAUUACCCAGAUGUGACUGUGAUCGUGGCUGAUGAUGGCAAGAAGCCCCUGGAAAUUAAAGAUGACUACGUGGAGUAUUAUACAAUGCCCUUUGGGAAGGGUUGGUUUGCUGGUAGAAACCUGGCCAUAUCUCAGGUCACCACCAAAUAUGUUCUCUGGGUGGACGAUGACUUUGUCUUCAACAACAAGACCAAGAUUGAGGUGCUGGUGGAUGUCCUGGAGAAAACUGAGCUGGAUGUGGUGGGUGGCAGCGUGAUGGGGAACGCGUUCCAGUUCAAGCUGUUGCUGGAACAGAGCGAGGCUGGUGACUGUCUUCACAAGAGGAACGGAUGGUUCCAGCGCCUGGACGGCUUCCCCCGCUGUGUGGUGACCAGUGGCGUUGCCAACUUCUUCCUGGCCCACACGGAGCGACUCCUUAGAGUUGGCUUUGAUCCCCGCCUGCAACGUGUGGCGCAUUCAGAGUUUUUUAUUGAUGGGCUGGGGAGUCUGCUGGUGGGCUCAUGCCCAGAUGUGGUUGUCGGUCACCAGUCCCGCAGUCCAUCGGAGGACUCGGAGUUGGCCGCCCUGGAGAAGACCUACAGCAUAUACAGGACCAACACCAGGGCUGGGGUCCAGUUCAAACUGGCUCUCCACUACUUCAAGAACCAUCUCCAGUGCUCCACAUAAAGGCGCAGAGCACAGGAAAAGCUCUAGACUGACUGGUUGUGGGUAUUGAGGACAAUGGAACUGGCAAGGGCUACGGAGUCCUAACAAGAUGAAUAUCGGCGAAUUUGCUGUGGAUAGGGCAAGUUGGAUGUCUCAAUCAAAGGUUAAGGGUCAUUCUCAAUGAUCAGGGCAACGGAGACUACAUUAAUAACAAUAAUUAUUUGUAUGAUGCCUUCCCUUUUAUGAAGCAUUUUCACAUAGGAGUAUAUCACAACAUCACAUCUGAUUUCACAUAAAAGAAUAUCUUGGUUGG